UACUUAAAACUGCAAAUGCUUAAUCUAUGAAAAGAUACAUUCAGAAACCUUAUAAAAACCACUCCUCUACUCCACACAUCUCUUCCAUUCUUAUCUCUCCUCCCGACUCCCCACCCAACUUCUCCUUCUCUCUCUUCUGAGAGCUGAUAGCCUCACUAUGCCGUUAAGAUACCUAACCAGCAUCAAUUCCUCCUCCUCGUCGUCGGCGGCGGUGGCACCACCGCCAGACUCCGUCAACGUGGACUCCGACUUCGUGGUCAUCCUCGCAGCUCUUCUAUGUGCCCUAAUUUGUGUUAUCGGAUUAGUAGCAGUAGCUCGCUGCGCGUGGCUCCGCCGGGCUUCGGACAGUUCCGCCGUAACCGGGCCGUCACAGCCUCGGGCUUCGGCAAAUAAAGGGCUGAAGAAGAAGAUACUUCGGACACUCCCCAGACUCACCUUCAACCCCGACAUCAACGGCAAAUUAGCGGACUGCCCUAUCUGCUUAACCGAAUUCGUCAACGGAGAUGAGAUCCGAGUACUGCCGCAGUGUGGUCACGCCUUUCACGUUGGAUGCAUAGAUACUUGGCUUGGGUCUCACUCUUCCUGCCCUUCCUGCCGUCAGAUUCUGGUCGUCGCUAUGUGUCAGAAUUGCGGUGGACUUCCGGCGACCUCAUCCGUCUGCGGUGACCCAGAGACCGGAUUGAAGGCAAGAGAAGAUGAUGUCAAUAGGUUUUUACCUUAGGAUCCAAUUAGAGAGAAACCCUUCUCCUCCUCUCUCUGUUUCCAUAAUUGUAUAAUCCUUUUUUUUCUCUUAGAAGUUCCAAUUAGGGUUCUUAAUUUUAAAAUUUCUUGUAAUUUUAGGGAUAUGUAAAUAUUUUAAUACUGUAUCUGGUGAAUAUAUAUUGAGGUUUAAGUUUUUAAUCA